AUGCACCUUGUCCGAGGCUUUCUGAUUGAAGUCUCGAUCACUGAGCGGAAAUACAGGGGCAGAUCGAUUCAGCGCCAGCUUGAAGACUUUGGAGUUAAAGUGUUUAUUAACCGUUUAACCCCUUCAUGUAAGCUGGUACCUGGGCACUCCUCGCACCAUAAUGACUUCAUUGAGAUGAAAAUCCAUAUCAAGUCUUCUUCAGUCUGGGUGGUCUCUAUCCAGUCACAGCCCAGAAAUCUGCUGCAGUUCCACAGUAUAAUAAGAUGUACUAUACCAGGCAGCAAACCCAUCUUGGAUUAUAACCAGUAUGGAUGCUAUUGUGGGGUUGGAGGUUCUGGCACACCUGUGGAUGAUCUGGACAUAUGUUGUAAAAUACACGACAACUGCUAUAGUGACUCCAAGAAACUUGAGGAGUGUAAAUUUAUCGUUGACAACCCCUACAUGGAGUUUUAUUCCUACUCUUGUAAGGAUCAUAGUGUGACCUGCAACAGUGACAACAACACGUGUGAGAUGCAUAUAUGCGAGUGUGAUCGAAAAGCUGCUCUUUGCUUCUCUAAAGCAUCCUACAAUGAGACCAACAAGAACCUUGACAAAGACCAGCACUGUAAAUGACAGAACAGAGACCUGGUAUGAGAGGUCCUGGCCUAAGCAUUAAUAUAUCUAUAUACACCAUCUCUCUUUUCCCAGAAUCCUUUGAUACCAACUAUUACAUACUCAUGCCGUUUUUGCCAGCCGCAGGUCUUUCUCUCUUUAUGUUUUGAUAUGCUCAUUACCCACAUAUUAUGAGGUGUUCCCUUUGUAUUCAUCCUUGAUUUCUGACAAUAUACCUCUGAACUGUU